CCCACAGCGGUGAAGAGGAGGAACUGCAGCCUCUGACCCACAUGUGGCUGGGCGCCUUUAAAUCUAUCGCAAUUACGAGCGCAAGUGCUCAUGAAAGUGCCAGAAAAGUGUAUGUUUUUGUACUAAGGAGCGUUCUGCGUGCUAGUAUAUGACCUGAAGUCCGUGGAGCGACGUGCGCGGAGUAAAUCAGGGCUCAGAGCUGCUGUGACCCGGAGCCAAAGAUGCAAGAGGGGCCAGGAAAGGAGGGCAGUUUGGAGGAUGAGGAGGAGCAGCGGUGCCCGAUCUGUCUGAACCGUCCCAGACGUACGGAUCGAGCCGUACCCGACUGUUGCAGACACGUCUACUGUUCAGCCUGUAUCCUCCGCUGGGCUCAGAUGGUUCAGUCCUGCCCGGUGGACCGCAGACCCUUCAGCGUGAUCUUCCUGCAGGGCUCGUCGCAGCAGUGCAUCAAGAUUCCCGUGAAGGCGCUCAGCCUGCCAGAGCUGAACUCGUGCACCAGUCCGGACGGUCUACGCAUGCGUCGUGUCUGUGUGGCGGAGACAGGAACUCUGGAGAGAACGCAAGAUGAAAGAGCUAAUGCCAAACAGAAAUGCCCCAGAAAAGGUGACUCGGAUGCAUCUGUGGAGGUAAACCGAAAGGUGAGUGGAGACUCAUGCCAGUCUCUUCUGCUCACUCGCCAUUUUCACUCGUCACUGCCAAGCCAACGGGGAGCCACGCUCGGCACGCUGACACAGAUCAUGGCGGGAUCUGUUGAUGUUUGCGAGGAGGGGCCGGACGGCGUUCAGUGGAGGAGAUUAGAGAGAAAACGCAGAUGGCUUUCUGCCUCUGUACCUGUCCUCUCUACAGGUGUGCCCAGGGUGUUACUCCACUCACAUCUGCUUCUGUCAGCGGUCUCCUCCUCUCUGAAUCUGCUGCUUUCUGAACACACGGUUCCUCAUGGCAUAGUUUGUGCCGUCACCUGUCCCAAAGGUGAGGAGAGAAAGGGAACCAGGGGUUCUGGGUCAAAGACCUCUGUGAAGCCAGAAACUACCGCGACCAGACGUUCCUCUCGUCACAGUCGCGCUGAGGAUUCCUCAUCUGCGCAGUCGCAACCGACAGACUCGGACACAACCUCUUCUACGCCACAAACCAUAAACGACACUCCUGCUUCUACGAGCAGAGGGCAGCAGGGGAACAACCCGAGGUCUGGAGCCAAGAGGAAAGGACGUGGAAAAAAGAAGAUCGUGGAGAGACAUGAAGAUGAGGAGGUUGGGAAUCAUGAGGAAGAUGAGGAAUCUGAGGAACCGAAAACAGACCAGAAAGCAAGUCCUGAUCAGAUUGAUCGCGACCAAGAACAACUGGAUACGGAGGACAAGAUGGAGGUGGAGAAUGAGACGAGUCCUACUGAGGCCAAUAACCAGGAUGAUGAAACGGUAAAAGUAGAAGAAAUUGCAACUGAGAGUAUGGUUCAAGAUGAAGAUCAGAUACUUUCACGAGACGAUAGCGAGAAAGAAGUGGAGAUGGAUGAUUCAGACCAAGUUGAAUUGGAGAGUGUUCCACCAAUAGUGGAGGACAAUUGCCAAUCUCGUUCCUCUGCUGAACCGGAAGAGUCUCAAUCUGACGUUCAAUCACCUCUGCAAGAGGAAUCAACAGAGGAACCACCGACAGUAACUCCUGACCAGAUUGUGGAUGAGAAACUGGAGCUUGACACAGAGGAAGACCAAUCCGACAAGCAGGAAUCCAGUUGCUCUCCACCUUUCCACCUGAAUUCGGAGGCGGAUACCACUGAAGACAAUUCUGACCAGCAGGAAUCGAGUGGCUUUCCAGCUCUCCAAGAUACUGUAGAUCUGAAUUCGGAGGCGGAUACCACUGAAGACAAAGCAGGCAAGCAAGAAUCCAGUAGCUUUCCAGCUCUCCAAGAGUUUGCGGAUCAAAAACCGGAGCCGGAUACCACAGAAGACAAUGCAGACAAGGAGGAAUCGAGAAACUUUCCAGCUCUCCAAGAGAUUGCGGAUCAAAAACCGGAGCCUGACACCACAGAAGACAAAGCAGGCAAGCAGGAAUCCAGUACUUUCCAAGAGGAUCAGAGUGCAGGUCCGUCAGCACUUGGAGAGAUAGCUAUUCCAGAAACUAAGGACACUAAUGCAAGUCCUCAGGACAACACUGACCUCAUUCCCAUGGAGUGCGAUUCUCCUGCAUCCGAGAGUGCAGCUGAAACAAAUCCCACUGCGAACGUGGCUCAGACUGCCGAUCAAAAGCCCAAGACUGACGGCUGUAAGGAAGCGAAAGGAUCGGACAAGAGGGACCGGGAUGGGCGAUCCCGCAGGUCUCGCUUUCACUCGCCUACGACCACUUGGUCGCCUGCCAAGGAGUCUAAGAGUGAAGGGUCACGCAGGUCAAGGUCUCGAUCACGGGACCGUAGCCACAAGACCCGAUCCACAUCUCGGAGCCGCGAGCAGCAAGAGGAAGAGCGGGAAGGCCGGCGGAACCGAAGCCGUAGUCGCAGCCGGGAGCGAAGUCACAGGCGACGUAGCCGUUCCCGAAACAGAAACCGAGGCGGACGCCAGAGCCCGUCCCAGGAACGCUCGGAUCACGGCGGACACUCUCCUCGCAAGCGGGAGUCUUGGGGAACGGAUGGAUGGCGGAGCACAGGCGCUGGACGAGGUUUCCGCAAUUCAAACUGGAGGAACAACGCGGAAAAACCUGGGAAUUCGUCAACGAGAGAGCACGUUUCAUCGGACAACGGCAACUUCAACGAGGCGUCGCCUGAUCGGAGCAGAAGCGAGAACCCGGACUGGGUUAAAGACAGGGAGAGGCUCUACCCGGACGCUGACGUUCGAGGGCGUGAGCCACGUUUGGGAGAUCCGCCUUCUGAUUCCUGGUGUCGGGGGGGCUGGAGCGCUGGACGCGGGAGAGGAGGUUCAAACUGGUCGGCCAGCCAGCAGAGCGAGCCAGCUGAUAAUUGGAGGCAGCGCACCUCUUUCUCAGGGACCGCCAAUAACACGGAUUCUUACAGCCGCUUCAACGAAAACAGGGCCGGAGGAAAGAGAAAAGAGUGUGAUGGUGGCGAGACGGCGAUGGAUCGGUCGGGGUGGUCGUCGGCGUCGAGCUGGGCCGUGCGGCGAACUCUUCCCGCCGAUGUGCAGAACUACUACUCGCGCAGGGACCGAGGCGGCGGAAACAAUUCCUGGAGCAGACAAGAGGAGGAUCAAGGUGCACCGGGUGUCCCAAAACAAGCAGAUCCCCCACAGAAUGAGCCAAAUGCACCCCUGCCAGCCGAGGCCGUUCCAGCUCCACCCCCCACCCUGAUGCCCCAUCAGCUGGGCGUGAUGGGGGUCAUGCGUUACCCCAUGGCUCCUCUUCUGCCGAGACCUCCAGCUGUGGGUCUGCAGCCUCCUCAGUUCAGUUUACCCCCUCCAGGACCAGUACAGCUGCACCCCGCCGGCCCGCUCCUCCAGGUCCCAUCCAUAGCCGUGCAGGGACUGCCUCCGCCCCCUCCGCCUCCUCCGCCAGUGCAGGCCGGCUUCACCAUAGUGCCGCCUGAAAGCCACCCAUCUCAGCAGGUGAUGCCCAGUUUUUCUAUACAAGGCAAAGCUUCCUUCAAGCCCAUGCCAACCAAAGUAGUCGCAGGGCCAGUUCAUCCUAUGGGGGCGGUCAGCGCGUCCCAGCCGUCCUCCACCACCCAACCCACUCACAGCAAGGCCCACGCCGACAGCUCAAAGAAAGAGAAGCAGAAGCUGCAGAUCCAAGAGCGGGCCGUCAACGAGGUGAAGGCGGCCAUUAAGCCAUAUUACCAGAAGAACGAAAUCAACAAGGAGGAAUAUAAAGAGAUUGUACGCAAAGCUGUGGAAAAAGUGUGCCACAGCAAGAGCGGCGAGGUGAAUGCCGACAAAGUGGCCAACCUGGUGAAAGCAUACGUGGACAAAUACAAGCGCACCCGCAAAAACAAGUCCGAGUAGAGCCGAGGGUCUCUGUUCUGCUGAUGCACAAGUGCAAUUCCUCCACCGCGGCGACACUGACUGGAGCCGCUCUUAACACAUUUGCAUACAAGAAUGAAGAUUUUUCUAGAGAUGACAUAUUUUGUUUAAUUUGGAUUUGAUAUAGUGCAAAUGCCCUUUAUUGGAUUGUGUCUUAUGGGUAUGUGUGUGUGUGUGUGUGUGUGUGCAGGGGGGAAGGUUACGGUCUAUAAUGGUGUCGCUAUUAUUGCAUUUUGCUUCUAAGAUUAAAGAAGCAAAAUAAAACAAAAUUAAGGCUAAUGAUUCAAGUGGUACGACUGGACCUGUCUCCUCUCUCUUAUUAGUCAUCCUUUAGACCUAAACUCCUUUUCUUUUAGAAGCAUAGAAACAAUCUGGAGUACAUGUGCAUUAGCUUUAUUAUUCCCAGCUGAAUGUGUGUGUGUGUGAUUCAGUCGUAAUCUUGCGUGGAACGAACACGGGUAGUUUGUUGGUGAGCUGAGAUGAUUCUGUUGUCAUAUCCAGGUUUAAGUCCUGUACUUCUGUUAAUGCAGUUCAAUCACUGUGUCUGUUUACCCUCCCAGAAGCAAUGAAAUAAACCAGCUCCCUGAAUCCCG